GAUUAAGGUUAAUUUUAUUGAAUUUUUAAUAGAUGAUAUUUGUCAUUAGUUGUACAUAGCAGUUAAUAUUAUCCAAUGAAAAUCCUUCGGACUGUGUUGGAAUCUUUGUUACAACAGGAAGUAUAUGUACCUAUUUUUGUAUCUUUCUCUUGAUCCAUUUUCUAUUGUUAACAUGCUGUUAUUGUUUACAAUAGUAACGGUAAAUAUUCAAACAGGCAAAAAAGCAAAUUUGUAAAAAAUACUCUCUUGUUAUCUCGUUAGAAUGAAAUUAACGAAAUAUAUUAAAAUGGUUAGUAGACAAAAAAAUAUUCGAAUCGUCUUAUAAGAAUGAAAUAUUAUUCAUAAAAAACUUGUUAUGUUUGUGUGAAGUUUUAAAAAAAUCGUGUAUUCAUUUAAAUAAUAUAAAAGAUAAAGGAAAAGAAAUAAAUAUAAUAUUUGUUAUAAUGAAUGUUUCGGAUUCUAAAUUUCAAGAUCUUUGUAAAAGAGAAUCUAAUAGCAAACAUAAUCUAUCAGCAGAAGAUGCUGUUGCCGAGAAUAAUGACAAAGAAAGAGAAAAUUAUUUAGAGUUAUCAGAUAUGAAUGAAAUUUCAUGUGAAUCGGAUGAAGAAGUGAAUUCUUAUUACACGACUAUGUGGGAUGUUUCUGAUGUUGAAACUCGUUCACCUUCUUUGAUCAAUUCACCACCACCAUAUAAUGGAGAAGUUCCUGGUAUGAUUGCUGAUACUUUAGAGAUAUUAGAGGAAAAUAAUAAUGAUCCAAAUAAUAAUUUAGACUUUAAUGAAAAUCAUGAAGAAUUUGCUGGUAAUAGAAAUGUCAAUGAAGUAACCGAGGAUCAAAUUGGUUAUUCAAGAGUAUUAAAAAGUCCAAUUCCAGGUUGUAGUAAAGAUAUUGGUAAUAUGGACAAUUUUAUAGAUAAUAACGCUUAUCAUAAAUUUCAUAAAGAUGCAGAAUUAAUAUCAGCUCUUUUGCCCGAAAUAGAGUUUAGAUUGAUAUUGCAAACACUUAAGAAAAAUCAGUACGCUAAAAAUUGCAAUGAGCUUACUCUGUGGGAUUUGUUGCCGCAUAACAGACCAAUGCCACAAAUAUUAUCAAAAAGAAAAUUAACAGAUGAUGUCUAUCAAAUUGAGUCUAAAAGAUAUUUAUCUAACGAACUCAAUGUUAUACCUAGUGAAGUGCAAACUAAUUUUAAAAUGACUGAAUCAUUGAAAGAAAAAAAAAACUUAAAUGUAGAAGAAUCCAUUAAUUGUAAGAUAGAGGAUAAAAAUAAUGUAAUUGAUGGCGAAAGUAAGUCAGUUACUUCUAUUAGUCAUAAUAAUCCAUUAAUACACCCAGCAAAGUUAAUAGUUCCUAAAUAUGUACCUUCGUUGCAAUCAGUAUGUACACCAUCUACUAACAGCGUUGUUUUAGCUCCUGCUAAAUUAACGUAUGUUAGCUCAUAUGAAAUAAAAGUUACAAAGCAAGAUAAAUCUUCACCACCUGGGAAGAAUUUAACAUCAACACAGUUUAUCAGUAAAAUAAAUGAUAAUGUAUCUCAAACAACUUUUAUUCCUAAUACAGAGGAAGCCAAAAGUUGCUUGUUAUCCAAGAGCGAAAGGCAUUUAAAUUCUUUAAAAAAUAUGGAUGAAGUUAACACGGAUACUUCUUCAAAUCAAGCUGUAUCUACUUUUUUUUUUCCUGUUGUGAAAGAUACAAUUAGUACUUCUGAACGACCUACAGAAUUUGUGUCUUCGAACGCUGAUUUAAAUUUACCAAGUACUAGUAAGGGAAUAAAGAAGGCUUUUGAAGUCGACGUGUCAACAAUGAAUACAUUUCCCCAAAAAUCAUUAAAUAUGUUAAUAACAGAAAAUACAUCUAAUCUGGAACUGAUGAAAACUGAAGAAUCAAGAUCUUACGAAUCUUCUUCAACAACAGAAGUACUAAAUAUAAUUGUAAAUGAAAAGGAAUCAAAGCUUUCUCCUGAAAUGAUCAAAAUUUAUUACAAACUUGUAACUAUAUUUUCUUCUGUGGAUCCUGAUUAUAUUGAAUCAAUAUGCAAGUCCAAUGAUAUUCAAAAAACCAACUUGGAUGAAUCCACAGUACUAAAUGAACUAAUUGAUCAUUUACUUGUCUUAGGAGAUAAGCAUCCACAUAUUGCUAUAAAAUCAGAAUCACCUGAGAUGAUAUGUGAUGUAAAUGAACAAUAUGAAAAUAUAUCAGGAAUAUUUCCAGAUGCGGAUCCAAUUUAUUUAAGAGAUAUCGUGGAAUCGUUAUAUGAUAAACCGGAGGAAUUGAAAAUAUUUGUACAAUCUAAACUCGAAACGCACGAUUAUCCUACACGAGAACAAUAUUUAGCGAAAAGAAAAAUAACUGAGCAACAAAAGCAAUAUACUACAGAUUUUAAAGUAGAGAAAUUUUUAGAGAUAUUUCCAAAUCCGUUCACUCAUUUCGAAGAUCCAAACAGAAAAUAUUCAUUUAGUCCAAUUGCACUUAAAUUUCUCGAAUAUUAUUAUAAUAAAUUAAAGACCAAUACUAUAUUGCGCGUAUAUAUAUGCGCAAAUCAUCAUUUGAGUUUAACAGCAAAAACAUUGGAUGUAAUGAAAUCUGAGAUGAAACUGAAACGUAAAAGUAUAUACUUGCCACCAGAAGACAUUCCUCUUUUACAAGAAUUCACAUUUAUACAACAUAGAUCGGAGAUAAAACAGUAUUUGUUGAAAUUACAAAACGAUGAAACUGAGGAAUUCCUGAGACUUAAGAAAAGUAAGAGUCUUCUGGAAUGCCAAUGUUGUUUCAACGACGAAUGUAUGCCAUCUAAAUGUUCUAGUUGUGAAAAUGGUCAUAUAUUUUGUAAUACCUGUAUUGUAAAAGGUACUGAACUAAAGUUAGCAGAAAGUGAGACACAUAUCUAUUGCUUUAUAAACUGUACAAGUGAGUUUAGUCUAUCGAUUCUUCAAAAGGUACUUCCUCCGACAACUUUUAGUAUACUACUUCAAAAAAGACAAGAAGCAGAAAUAAUGGCAGCUGGAUUAGAAGGUUUAAUAUCUUGUCCAUUUUGUCACUUUGCAUCUAUUCCACCACCAGAAGAUAAAGUUUUUAAAUGUUUUAAUCCUGAUUGUAUGAAAGAAUCUUGUAGAUUAUGUAAAGAACUAAAUCAUAUACCAUUAAAUUGUGACGAGGUUAAAUCUGAAAAUGCACAACAUUAUUUGGAAGAAAAAAUGACCGAAGCGCUUAUACAUAAAUGUUACAAGUGUAGUCGGCCUUUCUUUAAAGAAGAAGGAUGCAAUAAAAUGGUUUGCGUUUGCGGUGCAGAAAUGUGUUAUAUUUGUGAUAAGCCAGUCAAUGGUUACAAACAUUUUCGUGGCCAAGGUUCCACGGAAACAGAUCUAUGCCCACUAUGGAGCGACAAUCAUGUAAUAAAUGCAAAAGCUGUUUUACAAAUAGCAAAGGAAACUGAGAAGGAAAUAAAACAAAGAAAUCCUAACAUCCAAUUAGCUACAAAUUCUCUUCUACCAAAAUUACCCAGUAGAAGUAAAGGUCCACAUGAUGAUAUUCCUAAUGCUGAUGUUGUACCUGAACGUGCGCAUAGAAUCGCAAUUGGAAGAAUGAUCCCAUAAAAAUGAUCUGAUAAUUGAUUGCAUCUAUAAAAUUUGAAUAUUUACAAUUGAGAUAUUUUAAAGUAAUUUUAUACAUAUUAUUUUAUAUAUUUUAUACUUAUGCAGGUACUUUUGGUACAACCAAAGAUCCUUUAGUACAUAAACAAAGAUUCUUUAGUACAUAAA